CCGCUCCGUUUGACCGUCGGAUCCCAUCCGUCCGUGAUAUGGAGGCCGCGCCACCGGCGGAGCUCAUCGUCGUCGAGCGCGACCCCACGGGCGUCGCCGUUAUUACCAUCAAUCGGCCCAGCUCUCUCAACUCGCUCACACGCCCGAUGAUGGUAUUGCUCGCCGCCGCCAUCAGGCGGCUCGACGCCGACCCGGCGGUUGGCGCGCUGGUGAUCACCGGGAGGGGCCGGGCCUUCUGCUCCGGCGUCGAUCUCACGGCCGCCGAGGAGGUGUUCAAGGGCGAUGUCAAGGACGUGGACGCCAACCCCGUGGCCCAGAUGGAGCGCUGCCGCAAGCCCAUAAUCGGGGCGGUGAACGGCUUCGCCGUUACCGCCGGUUUCGAGAUCGCCCUCGCCUGCGACAUCCUCGUCGCCGGGAAGGACGCCAAGUUCAUUGACACCCACACCAGGUUUGGAAUAUUUCCAUCGUGGGGCCUUUCACAAAAGCUCCCUCGCAUUAUCGGAAUAAGUAGAGCACGAGAGGUAUCACUUUCUGGCAUGGCCAUAACUGCAGAGAUGGCAGAAAAGUGGGGCCUCGUCAACCAUGUUGUGGACAAUGGUGAGGUGUUAAAGAAAGCGAAAGAAGUUGCACUGGCCAUUUUAAGAAACAACAGGGACAUGGUGUUGAUGUACAAGUCAGUCAUCAAUGAUGGUUUCAAAUUGGAUCUGGGUCAUGCUCUUGCCCUUGAAAAGGAUCGGGCAACCUGUGUAUGUAGCUCUUGUAAUGGCAAGUCCUGGAAUCUCUUUGAACAGAUGCUGAUGCACCUUCAAACUUCACAGGAACAAUCUUAGGACAAAGUGUAGUUUGAUUGACAAAGUGUAGUUUGUUUGUCAAAAUCCCAAUGGCAAAACAAGUCGGCGAACUAGACAUCCCCCAUGGAUCACAAGUCCUUUCUAUCCAUUCCAUGCAUUUGCUCAUGGCUGAUAUUCAUCCUAAUGGGCCUUCCUUUGCACCAACUUUCGGACUUCAUUAAGGCUACAUGACUGAUUCUUUGCCAAUAGAGGAUGAUAAAAUUCUUGCAAUGGAAUUCCAGAACAAUGAACCUUUCUCUUCUGUAUAUAAUCUUGAAAAUAGCAAUCAGGCAGUGCAGCUUGUUAUCUUUUACCAUUUACUUUAAUAGCUUAUCCAGUUAUUUUUCGGUUCCUAAA